GUUGUCGUGAAACGGCGUUUAUCUACGCGAUAACGAGCGCGGGGGUGACGCACGCGGUGGCGCGCGCGUGCGCAGAGGGCUCGAUCGAGUCGUGCACCUGCGACUACUCGCACAUCGACCGUGUGCCGCACCGCACCCGCGCCGCCGCUGCCGCCAACGUACGCGUCUGGAAGUGGGGCGGCUGCAGCGACAACAUCGGCUUCGGCUUCAGGUUCAGCAGGGAGUUCGUCGACACCGGCGAGCGCGGCAAGUCACCUAGGGAGAAGAUGAACUUGCACAACAACGAGGCUGGCAGAGCGCACGUGCAAACGGAGAUGAGGCAAGAGUGCAAGUGCCAUGGCAUGUCUGGCUCGUGCACGGUGAAGACCUGUUGGAUGAGGCUUCCGAGCUUCCGCUCUGUGGGCGACGCGUUGAAGGAUCGCUUCGACGGCGCGUCACGCGUCAUGGUGUCCAACACCGACUUAGAGGCGCCCACGCAAAGGAACGACGCCGCGCCACACAGGGCGCCGCGGAGAGAACGGUACAAGUUAAAGCUUCAGCCGCACAACCCGGACCACAAGUCUCCCGGGUCCAAAGACCUCGUAUACCUGGAGCCGUCGCCGGGCUUCUGUGAGAAGAACCCGCGGCUGGGCAUUCCCGGCACGCACGGGCGCGCGUGUAACGACACUAGCAUCGGCGUGGACGGGUGCGACCUGAUGUGCUGCGGCCGCGGCUACCGGACAGAGACCAUGUUCGUGGUGGAGCGAUGCAACUGUACAUUCCAUUGGUGUUGCGAAGUUAAAUGUAAAUAUUGCCGCACGGAAAAAGUGGUGCACACGUGUUUAUAGGCCACCGGACGCCAAUGUUGUGAUCGAUGAGAGACAUUCUAGUGCUGGACGGUUGUGACUGUGACUCAGACUCGAGAGUGGACCUGUUUUGUACUCCCAGAUAACGGACCGUGUAUAUAAUCACUUCACUUUUUCAUCUAUCGGAGUCGUUGAAAUCGUAUAUCAUGUUGACGUAUGUAAAUAGUUCUGUAUCACUGUUUAUUUCUUCUUUUCUACGCGAUAAUUGAUCCGGCGUGAAAUUAAAGUAAGCUACUCGUUCGGUUAAUUUAUUUGGCUAUUAAGUGCGAACAUGUGAUCUAGUAAAGUUAUUUUUUUUGUGGACACUGUCGUUUGGAAAUUAAUGAGACCAGUUUAUCGUCGAUUUAUUUAUGUCGCGCUGUCAUCGCCGUUUUAUAAAGAAAUUGGGCUUAUUUGUUUCCACUCGGAGUCAGCUUCGUAAGUUAUUUAUAGUACACUUGGGCCUGUGAACGGCGGCCUGAAUGCUCCGAGGAGAUGCUCCUAUGAAAUUUCAAGACUUUAAAUGAUAUUUCUUAAUAUCAUUCCAAAGUUAAUAUUGUUUUCGAAGAAUUUAUUCGCAAUCUACAGCGGCGGCCAUAAUCAUUUGAGUUUUAUAAAUACUUUCUAUUUUAUGCCGCAGCGCGUCGGGUGCGUGGUCGCAUAACUGUUUUGAGAAUCAACAGCAAAAUUAUCUUGUAAUUAUAAUUUCAUAUAAUAAUUAAGCCGUUUAAUGGAAUUUGUGGCUUAAUAGCAUUUGCAUAAAGUGUCUUCUUGGGUGUUCAGGCGCGGAGGUUGCGUUUGGCCCUUAUCAGUAAGCCAGUAGCGCCAUCGUAAAAGUGUCCCACAUUACGAGAUAAACGCUCUCGAGAAUUUUAAUUAAAUAUUAAACGAAUUAAAUAAUCAGUAUUAUACGUAUAAUAUUGUAUGCGUGUUGCGUCCGAUAUUGAGCGAUAAGGACGCACGCAAGUCUGUCUGACACUUGUUAUGGCUCAUCCUCCAACUGAUCUUAGUUGUUAAGUGCAUGUUAUGUACUGCCUGUUGCGAGCAGCUAUCGUUGUUUCAACGCAUUUAUAUAUUGUUAGACAGAACGUGUCGCAAACUGUUGACUUGGUGACUGGAAAUUCCAAAACAUUUCUGAACUAUACAAUCCCUCAAUACAAUUACAGACGAUUCGCUUGACUGAUGUUCUUUGGCACUAUUGUCCGACAAAAUGUGACACAAUUUUGACAUUCCAAAUUCGACAGUUUGCCAGUUAAUGGGAAAGCUUUAUUAAUGGUAAAAUUAUAUCAAGAUAAAUGAUAUUUCAUAUGUGAUAUAAGCAUAGGUAGCUCAUAAGAAUUAGCUUAAUACUGAGCCUAAAUAUGUAUUACGUGCAGCGAGCCUACUAACUCGAUAUGUGUUUAAGCGAAUAUUUAUUAAAACUACAUUAAGUUAAUUUAUAUUAUUUUACUUUAAAAAUGUCAAGUUUUUAAAGUAAAGUAAUUUAGUUUUAGAGAAAAGUCCGAUGUUAAAACAAUCGGUGUUUUCGAAAACAGGUAUCUUGAACUUUUAUUGUCACUAAUUAAAACACAAUUAACUGAUACUAAAACUCAGUGACAAAGUCCCAGUAAUAAGAACUGAUACCGCGUCGGAUUUAAAAGACUGAAGUUUUUUUUUUAUUUUUGUAGUGUGUAAUAUCCGCUGGAUAUGGAAUUGUUUACAAUUUUAGCAUGUUAAUGAAUGUGAUAACAGUAUUUUAAACUAACAUAAAAUCAAACUAUGAAUUCUGGUUGUAAUCGGUGCCAUUUUACCUUUGAAUACAGAUAAAUCCUUUUUACUACUGACAUUUUGCGAGUUUUAAAUGUUUUUAGCCCCAUCAA